AUGAUUAGUAAAGAGUAUGAAUUUGGUAAGACUAGUAUACUGAAUAGAAAGAAGUAUACAUUAGUUAUCGAUGAAGACAAGAAUGGCAAUUUUAUAAGAUUUACCGUUUUACCUGUAUCUAACCGAAAGUUCAAAAAAGUCAAGCAAAAUGGGAGGGUAGAGAUUAACAUGGGCAUACAAUAUCACCAAAUUGUACUUAUUUUACUACUGAAUAUUUUGUUCUAUGUAAUUUGCCUAAGAUCAAGAUUUCUCGAACAUAUUAAUAGAACUUUUGAAGUGACAAUCGCGCGAAGUUUCCAGAUCUUAAUUAUAAUGGGAUUGUUUGCCUUAGGUACAAUUAUACUUGUGAGGGGACCUAGUGUGGAAACUGUAACAAUUUUCAAAGAAAGUGGACUACAGCUGUCCAGAGUGAAGGGUAUGGUUAUAUUUCCUCAACAAUGGAAUCGGAAGUUCUUUGAACAAGUAGAGUUUAUAUCCAAUGAAAGAAUUAUUGAUGUAGUGAUCAAUGAAGGAUUCUGUCGGGGAUUUCGAGUGAUAUUCUAUCUUGCAGCAAUUGUACGUAAAUCGUCUACGCUUAAGCUAUUAUUUCCAUCAAAUUUGCCCAGUAUCGAUGACCAACGUCUAAUAUACAACAUAUCUAGAAAAUAUCUCAGUAAGCAAGAAAAACCCCUGAGCAGACCAAAAGAUUGA